AUGUCUCAUCAAUCAAUACUAAUCUAUUCCAUUGAAGCAUCAGAUCAAGUGUCAGAUAAUGCUUUGAGACGAGCUUGCUAUGUGGUCAGAUUUAUGUUUGCUGAUAACAAAGAUGUUCGAACGUCGUACUUCAAACGUUAUGGACGAGUGGCAGUGAUUGGUGCUUCAGAGGAGACGACGGAUAUUCCAGAACACCGAUGGCUUCCGAAAAGAAUGAAUGAGAGAACACGUGGUCUAGGAGCAACUGAUUAUGCACCAGUUUGUACUGCUGGAGAAGAAAAUGCUUCAUGUUUUUGCAAGGACAGAUAUUUUCUUGAAGAUAUAUUUGUCCAUGAAGUUGCUCAUGGAGCUCAUCUUCUGGGUGCAAAAUACGCUAUUGCUGGUUGGAAUACAAAACUUAUCAAUCAGUUUGAAAAUGCACAGAGAACUGGUCUUUGGAACAACACAUACGCAAUGAAUUCAUCGGCUGAAUAUUUUGCUGAAGGAGUACAAAGUUACUUCAAUGUCAAUACUCAUUUGGAUAAAACUGACGGAGUUCAUGGCCCUAUAAGCAAUCGAAAAAGACUGCAAGAAUAUGAUCCCGCUUUAUAUGAUUUAAUUCAUGAAGUGUUUCCAUGUAAAAACACGUUUCUCAAACGAUGUGAAUCAACUAGAGGUAAAGAGCUGGAACAGGAGCUAAAGAUGAAUUGUAAAGAGAGCUCAAAUGAAGUUAUUUCCAAAGACAGCAGCAUGUCAGAUGUAGAUUAUGAGGAUAAUAAAUUGGGGUUAGGAGAUCGCAUCAGCUAUUGUCUGGACAAGAACAAGAAAUGUCCGAAAUGGUCUUCAAAUGGUGAAUGUCACAAAAACCCAAAGUACAUGUUAUUUAAUUGCCAGAAAAGCUGCAAAGUAUGUGACAGCAAAGAUCUAGGCAUCAGCAAUGAAAAAACUGUUGUUAUCAAUGACGAUGCAACAGAAAAGAAAAAAGGCGAAAUUAAUACACACCAAACAACAAAAGGAGCAAAAGAGGGAGUAACCAUUGCGGACAAUGAAACCGAUGUAAACUUAACCGAUGCAACAACAUCAACACAAUUAGAAAAAGAAACAGCAGGGGAUGAAUAUCAAAACAACGACACAACCACUAUUGCUGUGACAGUUUGCACAGACAAUAAACAAGAAUGUUCAAUGUGGGCUUUGCAAGAUGAAUGUAGGCUGAACCCAGAAUAUAUGCUGUACAACUGUAAGAAAAGCUGUAAUGCUUGCGGUGAUGCAAUUAUCAAAGAAUGCAAAGAUUGGCAUGAACAAUGUUCUGUUUGGGCGUCAACUGGUAGAUGCAAUACACAAUCAACUUAUAUGUUUGAUUAUUGCAAGCUUAGUUGUGAUGCUUGUGAAAGUCCAAUGAGGAACGGUGAUAACAACUGUAAAGAUGAAAAUACAAGCUGUCACUACUGGUCCUUCAUAGGCGAAUGUGUUAAAAAUAAAAAAUACAUGCUUUCAAAAUGUAAACGAAGUUGUAAAGUAUGUUGA